AAUGGGCAGGGCGGAGGGGAGAGCGGGAAGACAGACAGAGAGACGCACGGAACCGAAGCCACAGCUCAUCUCCGUCCCUCUGCUUUCCCCUUUCCCCUUCUUGAGCGCCAUUUCUAGGGUUUCUCCCCACCUUUAUUCCUUCUGUUACUCGUCUUCUUCCUUUAGCUUCCCUGCCUCCUCACGCCUCCGCUCUUUACGCUUUCCUUCAUCGAGAUCUGUGCUCUGCUGCUUUCCCUAUAUUAGGAGGACUUCAGGCUCCGGACAACUUGGACUGCUGCGGGUACGUCUCGGUCCUGAGCUUGCAUCUUCUGGACGUCGUUUUUUUCAUCUGGUUUUUUGUAAUGGCUCCUCCCAUUGAGACUCUUCACAAGGCCUUCAACUCUACCCAUUCUACCCAUCCACCUCUUAAUGAAAGGAUUCUUUCGUCCUUGACCAGGCGGUCUAUUGCUGCACAUCCGUGGCAUGAUCUUGAGAUAGGACCUGGAGCUCCUACAAUUUUCAAUUGUGUGAUUGAGAUCAGUAAGGGGAGCAAGGUUAAAUACGAGCUUGACAAAAAGAGUGGACUGAUCAAGGUUGAUCGUGUACUGUAUUCAUCGGUUGUGUAUCCCCACAAUUAUGGUUUCAUUCCUCGAACACUCUGUGAGGACAAUGACCCUAUGGAUGUGUUGAUCAUCAUGCAGGAACCAGUUCUUCCAGGAUGUUUUCUUAGGGCUAAAGCAAUUGGCCUCAUGCCUAUGAUCGAUCAAGGGGAGAAAGAUGACAAGAUAAUUGCAGUUUGUGCUGAUGAUCCCGAGUACCGUGACUUCAAUGAUAUCAAGGAGCUCCCACCACAUCGCUUGGCAGAAAUUCGUCGCUUCUUUGAAGAUUACAAGAAAAACGAGAACAAGGAGGUGGCUGUUAAUGAUUUCCUGCCUGCCUCUGCUGCCUAUGAAGCCAUACAGCAUUCCAUGAAUCUGUAUGCUGACUACAUCGUAGAGAGCUUGAGGCGGUAGUUGAUCCGUGUCUUCAAAGUGAAUGCUUCCAUUCGAACUGCAUACCUGAAAAAGAUGAUGGCGAUAUCAUAUAAAUAUAUAUAUAUAUAUAUAUAUAUAUAGGUCUCCUUCUAUCUUCUGUUGCAAAGUAUUAUGUAGUAUGUACUUUGCUGUUUGUUCUGUAAACAAGCAUUUGUUCAUCAGUAUUUGGUCAUACAUUCUUAAGAAUUGUAUUUUUGGUUCCUACAGCUUCCAUGUUACUCUUUUUGAAAAGAAGACAAUAGGCUUUCGGUGUUAUGUUCAUCAUCCUUACUGAUGGGAUUUUUGAUAUCGAUAUUGUCCUAUGUAUAUACUGAA